UGAGAAUCGCGGGGUGGGAAAUAAGCAUUGUGGUCCCCAGAAGUUCUGGAAAUUGUAGGACGGUGGGGGUAACAUGAGUGACUCCAAGGAACCGAGGGCACAGCCGCUGGGCCUCCUGGAAGAGGAAGAGCUGAUAACUAGCGGUAUGAAUUUUUUUCCAAGAGACUUUGGAUUCCGGCAGACUCGAGGCUACAAGAGCUUAGCAGUCUCCAAGAACCCCAGCUCCCAGAGGCUGGAGCAGUCCAAGCAGGAUGAGAUCUCCCAGGACCUGUCCCAGCUGAAGGCUGCUGUGGAACGCCUGUGCCGCCCCUGUCCCUGGGAAUGGACAUUCUUCCAAGGAAACUGUUAUUUCAUGUCGAACUCCCAGCGGAACUGGCACGACUCCAUCACUGCCUGCCAGGAAGUGGGGGCCCAGCUCGUCAUCAUCAAAAGUGCUGAGGAGCAGAACUUCCUACAGCUGCAGUCUUCCAGAAGUAACCGCUUCACCUGGAUGGGACUUUCAGACCUAAAUCAGGAAGGCACGUGGCAAUGGGUGGACGACUCACCGCUGUCAACCAGAGUUUUUGGAUUGCCAUGUGUAGCUGCUGUGUCCCCUGAGGCUUUAUCUCAUCCGUGCCAACUACCAUCUGCUCAAUUUCUGUCUACCAGCCCCUGCACCCCUUUGACUGGGGACUUACUGGUUGCCAGAGUUCGUCCUGCAGGCUGGAAGCACCAGGGAAUUCAUUCUCCCAGUCAACCAAUGGCACCUAGAGAAGGCAUGGAGGCUGGAUGCAACCACUUCCACCCCCACAUCCUCCUUUCUUUUAUGCAUCUCUUCCAUUUGGCUGUUUCUGAAUUGUAUCUUUUAUAAUAAACUGGUAAAC